AUGAGUUUUUUAAGAUUAUCAAUUGCUUGUACUUUUUUGGCUGUAUCUUUUCAUAUAUAUCAGAACCAAGUAGAUUGGUGGAUUUAUAUUCCAGUCAUCUUGUCUACUGUUCCAUUAAUUCUAUUUUACUCUCCAACAUGUAAAAUUUUUAGAAUGAUAUCAUCAAUUAUUAUUGUUUGUGGAACAAUACAAACAAUAUUUUUAACAUGGAUUAUUUAUCAUUUUAUUAAACUUUCAUCAACAGGAGGAUCUUUAAAUGAAAUCAAAGAAUCUAAAUAUACAUUUCCAAUUGCUUUAGCAACAUUGUCUAAUAUUUAUAUACGUUUAACAACAUCACAAUCACUUGGAUGUUUUGGUUUAAUUAGAAAUAUUCUUCUUACCGUUUUUGGAACAGUAAUAUUUUUAUGUAUGACAGUAUCAUUAUGUUCUUAUGAUGAAACAUUACACCAUUGCAAUUAUAUUAAAAUAAUUUAA